GCAUAUUUGUGAUAUGCAUUUUGUCAUAUUAGCCGCUUUUGCCAACAACUUUGAACAAAUUGUAUAAUAAACAGUAUUUCUCCCGCUUCCUGUGCAUUCAUAUUCUCUCUAUCUCUCUACCAGUCGUGUUUAGAAUAUUUGAUAAAUUUCAGUGAAGAAUCAUGAUUAAAGUUGCAACAUUCGCGUUGGCGUGCUUCGUAGCCGUAUCAGCGGGCUCUGUCAAGCUGCAAACUCCCACUGAAGAGUUAGUGAUGAAACAGCCUGCGACUGCUCCGGAAGAUCAAGUGUACCACCACACUCGCGGUAGCGAGUUUUACCAUCCAAAGGGCCACACAAAGCACGAAGAUUACCACUCGCAUUUGCCCCAAGAAUACACCGAGAAGCACGAGUUACCAACCAAUUUUAACUGGGGAAAUAUCAAUGGGCGCUCGAUGUUGACCAAACCUCUCAAUCAGCACAUUCCCCAGUACUGCGGCUCCUGCUGGGCUCACGGAGCUAUGUCUUCGUUUGCUGACCGCAUUAAGAUUGCUCGCGAUGCUAAGGGUAGUGACAUUAACCUCGCAAUCCAGUUCAUCCUCAAUUGUGGUACCGAUGUGGCGGGUAGUUGCCAUGGUGGUUCACACACCGGAGCGUACAACUUUGUUAAGAACUACGCCAAGCACAUUCCCUAUGAUACUUGUCUACAGUACGAGGCGUGUUCUGCCGAGUCAACUGAGGGCACCUGCAAAGAUCGUGACUUCACUUGCACUGGUGCCAAUACCUGCCGCACGUGCUCCACGUUCACGGCAUACGGUGGGUUCUGCUCGGAGGUAGAUAGAUAUCCUAAUGCAACUAUCGCCGAGUACGGUAACGUUGUCGGCGAAUACAACAUGAUGGCUGAGAUUUACCGCAGAGGACCUAUCGCAUGUGGAAUCGAUGCCAGUCCCGUGGACAACUACAAGGGCGGUAUUGUGGACAAUACAAGUGCUAAGAGCAUCAACCACAUAAUAAGUGUAGUUGGAUGGGGUGUCGACAAGAAGACUGACACACCUUACUGGAUCGUCAGAAACUCUUGGGGAGAGUACUGGGGUGAGAUGGGUUACUUCCGCGUAAAGCGUGGCGAGAACCAACUUGCUAUUGAGUCAAGCUGUGCUUGGGCCACACCCGGAACCUGGACUGAGAUGAACUUCCCUUGUUAUGAGGAUGGCUCCAACUGCGUCAGUCACAAGAAGUACGAAGAUCCCUCCAAGAAGUACCACAAGGACGAGUAAGUGAAGUGAGGGAACGGCUACCGGCCCGCAGACGGGCUGUGAGCCGUAGCUGGUGUAUGUAUUUCUAGCAAGGCCUAUAGACCAAUUAGCUCUGGUAAGGUCUGUGAACCGUAUCUGACCUAUGUAGUAUUAUCCCCAAAAACCCCCCGACUGAAAUAUUCACGGAAAGUAAAGGUCGACGAGCACAUAAGCAGUGACUAUACGAACUGUAUGUAGUUCUAACAAAAUAAUUAAAUGAAAAUGACUGA